AUGCCGCGGGAUCUGCCACCUUUCAAAUACUCUCAACUCAGCAGCCACCAAAUCCGACUUUUGACCCCUCAGUUUGACGACACUGGAAACUUAAAGUGGAAGCUUGAGUCAGUACAGUUACCGACUGGCGAUGGCGACGGCGAGACUGUGACCCCUUGCGACUAUGAUGCUCUCUCCUACACGUGGGGUGCCCAGGACCAAACGUUCCCCAUCAACUGCAACGGUCAAGCUCUCGGCGUUCACAAGAAUCUGAAUAGCGCCCUUCCAUUCCUGGCCAGGCGACUGCAACAGGCGGACUCUCCGCCACGCCCAAUCUGGAUAGAUGCCGUCUGCAUCAACCAGCAGGACGAGGACGAGAAGAUGAUUCAGAUCGGACGCAUGGCCAGUAUCUACCGCCGGGCCACACAGCUCAUCGUGUGGUUCGGACCUGGCCACGGGGCACAUAAUAAUGACACCGCCGUUGCCUUACUUCCUCGGAUCAUCGAGAUUGGCAAGGCGACCUUCGCCUACCUGAUGGACUCGCGCCAGCCUGAACCGGACUUCUCCCACGCGUCCAUGCCGAAUGCGUCCUCCCCCGUCUGGGAUGUUCUCUGUGACCUUCUAUUCAACGACUGGUACAGUAGACUUUGGGUUGUGCAGGAAGUUGCUAUGGCGCGGUUCACGGUGGGUCUGGUCGGCGACAAAGCAAUUGAUCUCGACACAGUCGAGACUUCGUUGGGUUUCAUGUUAGGUAUUCUUGCCAACCAAGCUCAAAAGUUGGGACCGGGCCUCGAUGUCUUGCGCAGGGAAGGGCUUCGGCGUGGCUUUGACUUUCUCAGGCUUCUGGACAGCAUGAGCACAAUCUCCAUCCGUGGCUAUUUCCACAGGAGUCGGUCUAUCGAAUUCCAACAGAAGUCAGAACUGCAAGGACUGUCCGACACCACGUCUGAUUCUUCUCCCUCGCCCCAGGUCUCCAUACUUGAAGAUGCAGAUCACCUGCUCCACGCCCUGCACCUGACCACAAUGUCACACCAUUGUUUUGACCCGCGAGACCGCGUCUUUGGGGUGCUGGGUUUCGCUAAGCAUACAUCACAAGUCGAUAAGAUCGGGUUACACCACAAUAUGGAUCUCGCAGAGCUGUAUACAGUAUUCGUGAGCUACGUAUUUGUCCAUAGCGGGCGGCCUAGCUUUCGGGAAUGGGAGAAAUCCGUCGCCGACAAGGUACUCGGCCCUCCAGGAGACGGCAAAAGCGCGCGUGUGAGCCUAGAUACCUACUGGCACACUUUGGUCGGCAACGUGACCACCCUGGCGGCGGGCGACUUGGAGUUUACGUACGAGACACUAUAUGCCCUACGAGACCUUCACAACCGGAUGACGAGAAUAAAGAUAAAAUUUGAAGAAUUAACAGAUAGUGAGGGCGGCUACAAAUUCACAGAAGAAGACAAGGAAACGCUCGCUCUCGGAAGACGAUCACCGGCGAUAUCCUUCUCGAGAAACAUGUGUGAAGUCCAGCUCGGCAGACAGUUAUUCAGCACGGCCGCAGGGCGCUUUGGGUUUGGAAACGUGGGGGUUCGUAAGGGCGACUUGGUUUGCAUAUUCAACGGUGCCGUAACUCCAAACGUUUUGCGCAAAGCGAGAGUGGAAAUUCAGGCUGAGAAAUCACAAGAGCAGCUGAGAAUGGUUUUCGAAGAGCGAAAACUUCAAAGUGAUAACAUGGCUUGA